AGAUUUAGAGCUAUGUAGCCAGGCAAUGAGCUUUCCAAGAUGGCGGACGAAGAAGGAUCAUUUUCGGAAAACAGAGCACUUAACUUAAGCUAUUUUUCACAUUAAAUAUCCUGUAGGGACUAGGUCUCAGCUUUCUAAAAAUGUGGAAAAAAAAGCCCUUAAUAGUUCGCAUGAUGCCAGAACAACCGAAGGACGAGAAUGUUUGAGAAGUAGUUCGAGGAGCUUUCACAAGAGUGGAAAGUGCUUGAAGUUCAACUUGAGGACAGUUUUGCCCAGGCUUCAAUUAGAGGGAUAAGUCUGAGGAGGAGAAUUACCAUAAAAAGAUUAAAAGAGCUCCCAAGACAAAAAAUAUGACGUCAACAUCACACAAACGGUCAUCCAAAUGGCAUAGCUGUAACGACAAGAUGCAUGAGUACACGGGGAGAUUCUUUGGAUUCAUCGGCUCCAAGGUAGCAACGUAUCCAUGGAUCACCAUCUGCAUCUGUUUGACCGUGGUAGGCGGCUUGGCGUGCGGGUUCAUCCGCUUCAAGGUAGAAAAUCGAACAGAAAAGCUGUACAUUCCUCAAGACAGCCAAGCCAUAAAAGAUCUGGAAAAGGCCAGGAAGUAUUUUCCAGCGAUAAAGUCCAGGGAGCUAAUAUUGGUGUUUGAACCAAAGGAUGGCGGAAAUAUUCUUACGGAGCAGUGUCUUCGUGACGUUUUAAAGGCGCACGAUGCCCUUGCUGCAUUGCCAAUGUACACAACUUACUGUACAAAGAGAAAUAACAGGGACAAAUUGGGCAAUUCCAUUGAACACUGCCUCAUGAACAAUCCACUUGAGAUUUUCAACUUUGAUGUUAAUAAUCUGGUAAAUAUCACCCAAAAACUUGAUGCUGUUGCGAACGAUUCCACGUACCUAAUGCAAAGUGACCGCCCGGCCGUCAUCACAUUUCCACGUAUUUUUGGCAACAUGAAGUACAACUCAAACGGUCAUUUAACGAGUGCUAGUGCAAUACAAGUCACCUAUCUAAUACAGGCGCCAACGGACACAGACGUUGAGGACAAGGUCUUUGAAUUUGAGACUGAUUUCAUCAACAAGAUGAAGGGCCUUCAGAAGGAUCUCUCGUGCGCCAAGAUGUUCUACACUGCCGAGAGGAGCCUGGACGAUGCGAUCUCAGAAAGCGCCGGCUCAGACAUCACCCUAAUCUCCAUCACCUUUGCCGUGAUGAUCACCUUCGCCUGUACUAUGUUGGGAAAGUUCUGCAACCCCCUGACAGGCCACUCGCUGUUGGCUAAUGCUGGUGUUUUCGCCGUAGCCCUCGGGGUCCUCGCGGGUUUCGGGUUAUCCCUAGCCGUCGGGAUUCCGUUUAUCAGCCUCGUUGGGGUGCUACCGUUUCUAAUUCUCGGGAUCGGAAUCGACGAUAUGUUUAUCCUUGUUGACGAACUGGAUCGACAGGACGACAAACUGUCUGUUAUUGACACGAUCAAAAUGGUAAUGAGGCACUCAGGAAUGACAGUUACCAUGACGACCGUUACAGACCUCGUUGCGUUUGCCGUUAGCACGUCCACAGCUUUCCCUUCGAUAAGAUACUUCUGCAUCUACGCUGCUUUGUCUGUCACUCUUUCCUAUCUCAUGAUCAUAACAUACUUUGUUGCCAUAGCGACGUUUGACGUCAGGAGGAUUAAAGCAAACCGCCGGGACUGCCUCCCAUGCUGCUUUGCACCAAUACCAAAAGAGGGGGAGCCCAAAUGGGACGAGCCUCGUUUGCAAGGAGCCAAUAAGGUGAUGAAGCAAUACGCUCGAUUGCUUAUGAAGACACCUGUUCGCAUCUUAGUUGUUUUACUGUCCAUGGGACUUCUUGGGAUCAGCAUCUGGGGGGCCAUGAACAUCAGUGAGAGCUUUGACAGGAGACUCCUAGCAAAAGAUAAUUCAUACUUCAAAGAAUUUAUAAACGCCCAAGAGAGGCACUAUGAGUUAAGCCUUGAAGUAAGCAUAGUAAUGGACGCCAAGCUGGACUUCGGGAUGGCCCGGAUCCAAGAUGACAUUCGUAAGCUGUCAGACAUCGCCUCUGGCAACAAGCAUUACACGGACAACAAGAUAAACUGGAUGACGAGUCUUACGAACUUUGCAAAAAUGGCGAACAUUAGCAUCAACAAUACAGGCGACCUGAUGAGGGGACUUGAUAUAUUUUUUAGUAAUCCGUCAUUUUCGCAUUUUAGAAAAGAUAUCGUUUUGUCAUCGGACAACAAGAGCAUUGAGGUGUCACGUGUUAUUUGCUUUAUGGAGGACAGCCCAAGUUCAAUCUUCCAGCGUGAUGCCAUGGUAACACUCAGAAAGGACCUGGAGGAAAACGACAAGAGUCUUAAGGCGUAUCCUAUUUCCAGAUUCUUUAUAUUCUUCGAACAGUACUCGCUAAUUCAGAGCGAGACCAUCAGGAACUUGGCUAUUGCGGCGGCCGCCGUGCUCCUGAUCACGUGGCCGUUCCUUCUGAGCAUCAGGGUCACUCUUCUAGUCUUCCUUGGAUUCUCCGCUCUCAUUGUUGAACUCUUCGCUCUCAUGUCCGUAUGGGACGUGUCACUCAAUGCCAUUUCAAUGAUAAAUCUUGUCAUGGCUAUUGGGUUCUCUGUGGACUACAGUGCUCACAUUGCGCAUGCGUUUGUGACGUCAUCUGAGCCGACAGCGGAGUUGCGUGUAGAGCAUGCGCUUAGCACUUUAGGCACCAGUGUUUUGCUUGGAGGUAUCAGUACGUUUCUGGGGAUGAUUGUGACGGUGGGCUCCUCGUCGGAGAUUUUCCGGAUCUUCUUCAAGAUGUUCCUGGGUAUUGUUCUUCUUGGUCUGUUGCACGGACUUGUUUUUCUACCCGUCUACAUGUCAAUCAUUUGCCGAUGGAAAGUUUCCCAAAAGGCAAGAAAUGACGUUCAUUCCUCGGAGUCUGUAAAAGAUGGCAGUGCAUUCACCAACCCUGCUCUUGCUUGUGAUCCAUCACAGGAACAGCCGGUUAACAAGAAUGUCAAACCAAUUUUUCAGAGUACAAAACAGAAUGGUGAAGCUGACACAGUUACCGAACUCUGAAAACGGUUACUCUGAAAGGCUGCUAAGCCAUGGAUGGUUGCCUAGUUACUAAGAUCCGGGACCUAGCUACUGAGGUUUACUGGCUCGAGCUCUAAAUACAUGGUUACCAAGCGCGUGGUGUUACUAGAAUGUAGAAUGCUUUCGGACCUCUCAUAUAGGGUAGAUUGCAUUUUGUGAGUUGAGGUCCAAUGACAUUGCAUUAUUUCUGCCUGUGAGCUUUUACAUGUAUCUUAUAACACAUAAGGACUCAGUUGACAUAAUAAGUGUAUAGUAGCAAAAACUAAAAACUUUGCAAUAUAUUGCAAAAUUUAUUGAAA